UAAAAAGGGUUUCGAAACCAACACUUUUCAGUCUCAAGUACGCAGUCAUGGGUUACAAGCACAAACCGUUACUUCUUCUGCUCCUGAUCGCCCUGUUUCAGGUGCAGUUUUCUCCAUGCGCUUCUGACUCGAUUCAAGAUGAAAUCAACGUCGAGGUUUCCCCAAAUCUCGCAAAGGCCGAAAUAGGAAAUGAACCCCUCGCAAAGGAUAACGGUGACAAUGUCGAAGUUUCCCCAAGUCCCGCAAAGGCCGAAACAGAAAAUGGACCAGUCGACGAAUUGGCGAUUCUCAAAAAACAAUUGAAAGAGAAAAAGGCCGAGCUUAAGAACCUGGAGAAGGAGAAGGAGAGUAUCCUGAACGAGGCAUACAGAACCCGCGCGAGGAAAAUCAGAGAGCAGAAAAAAGAACUCCAGCCUUAUUUCCAAAAGCAGAGCGUGUUGAAUAGUAAGUUACAGACAGUGUGGAACAAAUGGUUCCAGGCAUCCGAAAACACUGACCGUGCUAUCAAGGACCUCAACAAGAAAAUCAUCCGCCACGAAGACAAUCCUCAGCUGAUCGCAAAAUGGGAGAAACAACUGCAGGAAAAGAGGAAGGAACGCGCCGCGAUCCAAGACGAAUACGAGACAAAGUCGCGACCACUUGUAGAAGAGAGGAAAGCCAACGCUGAGUUUAUCCAUGCUAGACAGCAGAGAGACUUGGAACCGUUUAAGAAGGCCGAGGAAAUGGGCAAAAUCAUUGAAGCCAAGAAAAGAGAGGUCAAAAAAUUGAACGAUGAGAUUAAAAAAUUACGUCAGUUACAAAAGGAAACUGAAAAUUUUGAGAGAUUGUCGAAGUAACGGUCUACGAAUCAUUACUUUUCUCAACUUUCUCCUUCAAUUUUCCAUGAUUUAAAGUAUUUUCGUCGACCACGGUUCAUGAAUUGAGGAUCCUCCAAGUGAAUUUGCUUGUUUUCUAUAUACCUAAGAAAGCAACGUCCUUAUUUCCUCUGCAUCUCAAUCCUAAAAAUCUAUAUUUUUAUCUAAUCUAUAAAUAAAAUAUCAUCGGCUGCUUACUACAGAUGAUUAUGGUAUGAAAAUGGUAUUUGCAAAAGUCUCAUUUUUAGUACCAUCCGAUUUAAGUAAAGACUUCAGAGCCUCCUCAAUUUUUGAACCUAAAUUGAAGGUAUUGCAAGCUUUUAUUGUGGAGAAAUUGUAAUCUGUGUUUUGAACUCAUUGACUAUUAACAUAUUUAACUGCACGAUUAA